UCUCCCAUCCACACGUAUAUGUACAGAUUACAUAUGUAUAUAUUCAUAAAAAAUAUCUCAUUUGGAUGUACAUAAUGUAAUGUACAAUAUAUACAGGGCCUUAGACGUUAUUCUUCUGAGUUUCAAUUUUCAGCUCAUAUCAUAUCUGUGCUUCAACACUAAGCUUUACUGAAUUUUAGCUUUUGAGAGCUACUACUUGUUUACCCCCCAUCUCUCUCUCUCUCUCUCUCUCUCUCUCUCUCUAUAUAUAUAUAUAUAUGUAUGUAUACAUCAUCACUGCAGGACAUCUUUUUACCUUUUCCUGUAAUUAAUGUGGGGUGUAAGAUUGUUUCGCAAGAAAACAUUCUUAACUUCCACGGGACUGUUUGGUGUCACAAUCUCAACUGUCGUAUUCUUUGAUUGGAUUGCUAUAAAUUAAAGGCUCUGGGAUUGUUGUUUUGUUUUAGUUAGAGCAGUUCUUUUGUUGUUGAAUGUUGAGAUCAAAGUGUGUGUGUGUGUGUGUUUUUUUUUUAAGUCUGUUCAUCUUUGGUCUUGUUGAAUUUAAUUGAAACAAGGGGCUUUCCUUUUUUUUUUUCUUCUUUUUUUUGGGGGGGGAUAAAUUAUGAAGACUUUCAUGUUUUUCAAUGUGCUAUUUCUUUUGAUUGUUACUAGUGUGUCUCUGUUAUGUGGGUGUGUAUUGUGUAAGGAGUGCACUAAUGUUCCUACUGCAUUAUCAUCACAUACUGUUCGGUACGAGCUAUUGUCUUCUAAUAAUGAAACAUGGAAAGAAGAGAUGUUUUCACAUUACCAUUUGAUUCCUACCGAUGACUCUGCGUGGUUGAAUUUGCUUCCAAGAAAGAUUUUGAGUGAGGGGGGAGAUGAAUUCAAUUGGGCAAUGAUGUAUCGAAAAAUGAAGAAUUCGGGUGGGUUGGAAGUGAAUGGUGAUUUCCUCAAGGAGGUCUCCCUACAUGAUGUGAGGUUGGAUCAGGAGUCAUUGCAUGGGUGGGCACAGCAGACCAAUUUGGAAUACCUUUUGAUGUUGGAUGUAGAUAGCUUGGUUUGGAGCUUUAGGAAGACUGCUGAUUUGCCAACACCUGGCACGCCGUAUGGAGGUUGGGAAGCCCCAAAUUGCGAACUUCGGGGUCAUUUUGUAGGCCAUUACUUGAGUGCCUCAGCACAGAUGUGGGCUAGCACCCACAAUGAUACUCUCAAAGAGAAAAUGUCUGCACUCGUCUCUGCUUUGUCUGCCUGUCAAGAUAAAAUGGGUACAGGAUAUCUUUCUGCUUUUCCUCCUGAGCAAUUUGAUCGUUUCGAAGCUAUAAAACCAGUUUGGGCACCAUAUUACACCAUUCACAAGAUACUGGCAGGUCUUUUGGAUCAACACAUAUUUGCCAAUAAUGAUCAAGCUUUAAAGAUGGUGACAUGGAUGGUUGACUACUUUUACAACCGUGUUCAGAAUGUGAUAGUGAAGUACACUAUUGAAAGACACUGGCUAUCAUUAAAUGAAGAAACUGGCGGCAUGAACGAUGUUCUUUAUAGGUUGUACACAAUAACGGGAGAUUCAAAACAUUUAUUGUUGGCUCACCUUUUUGACAAACCCUGCUUUCUAGGAUUGCUUGCAAUACAGGCUGAUGAUAUUUCUGGAUUUCAUGCCAAUACUCAUAUUCCAAUUGUUAUUGGAUCUCAAAUGCGAUAUGAAGUUACUGGUGAUUCACUCUAUAAGGAAAUAGGGACUUUCUUCAUGGAUAUUGUUAAUUCUUCUCACAGCUAUGCAACUGGAGGCACGUCAGUCAGCGAGUUCUGGUCAGACCCAAAGAGACUAGCAAACACUCUACAAGCUGAGAAUGAAGAAUCCUGUACAACAUAUAAUAUGCUGAAGGUUUCACGCCACUUGUUUAGAUGGACCAAGGAAAUGGUAUAUGCAGAUUACUAUGAGAGGGCUCUGACGAAUGGUGUGCUAAGCAUCCAAAGAGGAAGGGAACCUGGAGUGAUGAUCUACAUGCUCCCACAAGGCAAAGGAGCUUCCAAGGCCAGAAGCUACCAUGGAUGGGGAACAAAGUUCAAUACUUUUUGGUGCUGCUAUGGGACUGGAAUUGAGUCAUUCUCAAAGUUGGGAGAUUCAAUAUACUUUGAAGAAGCAGGCAAAGUUCCAGGUCUUUACAUCAUUCAGUACAUAUCGAGCUCACUAAAUUGGAUAUCUGGACAGAUUUUGCUAAAUCAGAAAGUAGAGCCUGCUGUUUCAUGGAAUCCUCACCUUCACGUGACGUUGACGAUUCUUUCACAGGAAGGGCCAGGUCUAACAUCAACCUUGUAUUUACGUAUACCGCUCUGGACAUACUCAAAUGAUGCGAAGGCAGUAUUAAAUGGUCAGGAUUUGUCACUACCAGCUCCAGGUGUGAACUUUGGCAACUUCUUAUCAGUCACUAGAAAAUGGAGCGCUGGUGACAAAAUAACUCUUGAACUGCCAAUAAGUUUAAGAACCGAGGCCAUUGAAGAUGAACGGCCGGAAUAUGCUUCUAUUCAGGCAAUUCUUUAUGGGCCCUACCUACUUGCUGGUCUGACCAGUGGAGACUGGGACGUCAAAACAGAGUCAUCUUCUUCCCUUUCGGACUGGAUAACUCCAAUUCCCGCUGCUUACAACUCUCACUUGAUUUCUCUUUCCCAAGACUCUGGAAAUUCAACAUUUGCCCUCACAAACUCGAACCAGUCAAUUACAAUGGAGAAGUUUCCUGAGCCGGGCACUAAUUCUUCCGUGAGAGCCACUUUUAGACUCAUCUUAAAUGACUCGACAUCCUCAGAAUUUUCAGAACCGAAAGAUGCUGUUGGGAAAUCAGUAAUGCUUGAACCGUUUGAUUUUCCUGGUAUGGUUAUUUCGCACCAAGGAACAGAAAAAAGCCUUGUAGUUGCAGAUUCAGCUGAUGGAAGCAGUUCUGUUUUCCGUUUGGUUGCUGGACUAAAUGGGAAGCCUGAUACAGUUUCAAUGGAGUCUGAAAGCAACCAGGGUUGCUUUAUGUAUAGUGGUGUGGGCUAUGAACCUGGUUCAAGCAUCAAGCUCAGCUGCAAACCUGAAUCAUCGGAUGCUGAAUUUGAACAGGCAACCAGCUUUUCAAUGAAAGAUGGAAUUAGCAACUAUCAUCCCAUCAGUUUUGUGGCAAAAGGGGUGAAAAGGAAUUUUCUUCUUACUCCUUUACUUAGCUUAAGGGAUGAAUCUUAUACUCUGUAUUUUAAUUUUCAAUCUUGAAAACAUAUGGUGGGAGGUAGGGAAGACUGGAAUUGCAAUGAUGGAAAACUACUAAUAUAAUUUCUUCUUAUAGCUAUCUGUUAUCAUAAUUUUAUUUUACUGUAAGAUUAUGGAUGAGAUUAAUGUCUUGACUUCAUGUCAUGGGAUUAACAAUAUCAUUGAAUUGCCUAUCCUUCACUA